AUGGUAGAAGAAAAUCCAAGGAAAUGGCACACAUUGUUGUCUCAGGCAUUAUGGGCCCACCGAAAUAGUAGAGAUACUUCUACUGGAUUUUCCCCAUACCAAUUAACGUUUGGGCAAGAUGCUGUUUUACCUGCAGAAUUUGUUGUGCCUUCACCCAGAGUGACUAAUACAACAUCGUGUAUUGACGAGGCGUAUGCACAAAGGAUGUGGCAACAAUUGGAAGAAGUGGAUAUAGAUCGAUUAAGCGCUUUAGAUCAAGUGGUUAGACAGAGUGAGAUCAGGGCGAAAUACUAUGGAAAAAGAGUAUUCCCUAAGGUUUUUGCAGUAGGGGAUUUGGUCUGGAAGACAAUUCUGCCUACGUAUAGAAAGGUGGAUCAACUAGGGAAAUGGUCUCCCAAUUGGGAAGGACAUUGUCAUUAA